AUGUCGCUCGACCGCAUCCUGCAGGAGAUUACCACCACAACUAAUCUCAAUACCUUGCACCAAACAUUGGAAACCAGUCUUCCCAAGGAGUCGAGGGACACUCUUCUUUCAAGUCCACUUGCGAGUGGUCAAGAUCCUUUGAAAAUACUGGACCUCACGCAAAACAAUUGUAUAUCCUGCAGUUCGACUGAGCGUUACCAAGAUUUCGCCCGUCUCGCCCCAGAACGAGUGACGGCGUUAGCGAAGGGAAUCUAUCGAUAUGGGCUCUCCAAUGGCCGCGUGUUCUCCUUUUCGCUCCCGCUAUUCAAUCUUGUCACCCGCUACCCACCCGACACAUCAUAUGUCACCACAAUCCAUCCUGUUUUCCUGCAAGCUGCGUUGUCGCUAGCCAGCCUAGUGCUGCCUGCCCUCCCAAUUCUCGCCACUCCCAUUGCAAACGUCUCAACUCUCCUGUCCGACCUCACUUAUAACGACAACCUCGUCGAUCAUUAUCUCGGUGGCGUGCUUGCAAUGCUGAAAAGAUGGGCGGAGGCGGAGGAAUACUUGGAGAUUUGUGUGACUGUGCCGGGAUCAGCGCCUGGCACUCCAGCUUGA